AUUGACGUCCCAAUAGAAAGCACUUCCGGUUCAAGUGUCAGUGCUACCUGCGGCUGCAACAAUUUGACUAUCCAAACUCUUAAUAAUUGUUACGCGUACUUAAAAGUUGUAAUUUUCUUACAUCUGUCCGUUUUUAAGUCACAUUUGGCAUAUAUUUUAAUUAUUCUGACUUCACGAAUAUACAUGUAAGCGGGGUUUUACAAACAGAUUAGUGCAACAGUUGGAAAUAUCAUUUUUAAUAACCAUGGCCUCUCGCGGGAAAUCAGAGACUGGAAAAUUAAGACAAAAUAUGGAGGAACAACUCGACAGAUUGAUGCAGCAACUCCAGGAUCUAGAGGAAUGCAGAGAGGAAUUAGAUGAGGAUGAGUAUGAAGAGACCAAAAAGGAAACUUUGGAACAGCUGAGUGAAUUCAACGACUCUCUGAAGAAGAUCAUGACAGGAGACAUGACACUUGUGGAUGAACUCAGUGGAAUGCAGCUGGCAAUCCAAGCUGCAAUCAGCCAAGCAUUCAAAACCCCAGAGGUGAUCCGACUGUUUGCCAAGAAGCAGCCGGGACAGCUGAGAACCAGACUAGGAGAGAUGGAUCGAGAUGUCAUGGUGGGGAAAUUGUCACGGGAUGUAUACACGCAGCAGAAAAUGGAAAUCCUCACAGCCUUGAGAAAACUCGGCGAGAAGCUCACUGCAGAAGACGAGUCCUUUUUGGUGGAAAAUGCAACAGCUACUCUGAGCCAGUUUGAGAAAGUGACGGCCAACUUAGGGUCCGAGGAUAAAAUUCUGGCCUUAGCUAGCUCCGGCGUGAAAACAAAGGCGUAAUUAGACACCAACAUGUCCGUCCAAAGUCUGUGUUUGUUCUUAAGAAAACAACUGUGCCAAUCAACCGUUGAUUUUGUAAAUAACGAGUGCACUUUUAGGUGUUGCUGGAGACGCUAACACUUUUUAUUAACAGUAUUGUUUUAUACCUGGUAACUUUUGUAAAGGUCUUUUAUUCGUCCAAAUGUAGAUUAUUCCGUAGGUACUGGCAUGUGAUUGGUUAAAUAUGAACACGUACAUGAAUGUAGAGGAUAGUCCAGGCACAUCUUGGAUUCUGUUCUCUUGUGAUUUGUGCUGUAUUUUCUUGUUGUGUCCAUCAUAAAACCAGAAAGAUAAUUGCUGGUGUUUUAAGGCUGUUUGAGUGACUGCAUCAGAUGUUCAGGAUGAAUUUUGAUUUUAAGUGAUUUGUGCUGUGAAUAGAACUGUGGAGAAAUAACAGAAAUGCCAUAAAACUGUAGACAGACAGAUUAUAAUAGCAGAAAAGUGGCAAAGUAGGUACACAAGGUCUUAAAAUGACUCUCUGUACUGCCCUCGAAUAUAAAGAAUCACGAACGUCAUGAAAUUCCAAAUUAUUAUCAGCAGAUAUUUAAGAAUAAGCCUUAAAUGACAAUAUUCAACAAAAAAUUGGAGUAAAUUUUUCUGUCUUAAACAGUAAUAAAAUACAAUUUCACAGGAAAAUACACAGUAAAAAAUGGAUCAUAUACCUUGUAAAAUGCCAUAUUGCUGGUGUUUCUGUUAUUUUGUUCACCCAUAAUCCAUCUGUGGAUUAUCAGUAAUUUUCAGAUCUUUUUAUUUGCUUGAAUUAAAUUUAUGAGCAUCUGUAUUGCAUUUAAAAUAUCAAUAUUGUUUUUAGUCUUAAUGUUUGGGUAGUUGAAACUACAUUUGUACAGUCUUUGUUUACAGCAUAAUUUUCGCAUUAAAUUGUGAUUAUUUUUUUUUAAUAACCAAAAAUGACAUUGGAGGUGUUGCCGACUUGAAUUAUUUCACCACCAGAUGGCAGUAAAGCUUAAGGUUUACUAACAUCCCGAUUCUGUGUCAUAGCUGCGCCAACGACCGGUGAAGAAACACAAGAAAACCACAGAUUUAUACCCCAUCUCAUCAUCCUUUAUUUUGUUUACGAGCAAGCAUCGACUUCACUACAAUUUGCCUUUCAAUUGGUAGAAAAGUGAGAGCAGCUCUAACAAGCACAAAGGAAGCAUCCAACCGUCCAGAAAACAUUUUCAUCUUCCAUUUUGAGCAAAAAUUGGAAAAGAAAACAAAUGAAAAGGAAGAGAGAAAAAUAAAAGUACCCGGAGUGUCGUGGACGUGUGAAACAGAUAAUCUGA